UUGGUUUCCAUGACGACGCACAGAUUUUUUUUUUUUCUUAACUUUAGCUAGCGACGCCGAAACAGACGAAGUAAAAACAACAUAUCGACACCAAUGGACACUUCUGAGGAGACAAAUAACCCAGCGAGUUUAUUUCCCACUGCUGUGUCGGAGGAGCAGCUAGAGGAGGCCAGGAGGAAAAUCACCAUCAAACAGGUGUUUGGCUCCAGCAAGAUCUUUACGACGCACUCGGAGAAAUGCCCUCCAAGACCUCACCUGCAGGGGAGCCUCAUCAUCCAGAACAAAGUCGCAGAGCAUUACACAAACGGACAAGAUUCAAUGGGAAAGUACCAGUUUGAGAAGGCCGUCAUCUGUUUCUCCAAAGCAAUCACUCUGCAACCAGAGCAGACUCAGCUGUACGUGAGCCAGGCAGAAGCCUACCUGCAGCUCUGUGAUUUCCAGUCUGCAGCGGCUUGUUAUAAACAGGCAAUGCUCCUGGAGCCCAGAGCCUUCAGUGACCGCCUGGCAUUCAUCUACUACCUUCAGGGCCAGUGUUUGUUUGACAGAGGCCUUUUCCUGGAAGCCAUGGAGGCUUUCAGCAAAGCGGUUGAGAUGAAAUCUGAUUGCAGGGUUUACCAAGUCAGAAGCUUGGCCUGUCUGUCAGCUGUAGGCCGCCUCCCUGACUGUCUGAAGCUGGUGAACGACUGGAUGGCAUCAGAAGGUCCCACUGCCGACCUUUACGUCCUCAGAGCCCGACUGCACAGGCAGCUCAACGAGAUGCCACGUUGUUAUCAAGAUGUGAAGAUGGCACUUGAAUUGAACCAGGCAUGUGCGGAGGCUGGAGCUCUGCUGCUGCAGCUGCAUGAAGCGAGUGAACAGGCCAGAUUAAAGGCGGUGGACAGAGCUUUACGUGGCCAGCUCAUUGAAGCCCUCUGCUUGAUUAAUGUAGCUUUAGAGAACAGUCCACGGGAUGGACGCCUCUACCUGUUCAGAGGUAUUCUAUACAGACGUCUCAAAGACUUCACAGCAGCUAUCGAGGAUCUGGUUGAGGCUAUAGAGUUUGUCGAGAAGGAGGAGGAGGAGAAGGAGAAGAAGGAGAAGGAGAUGGAGAAGGAGAAGGAGAAGGUGGCCAGAAGCCAAGUGGAUGUCAAUGAAAGCACUUCUCUGCCUGAGGAAGCGCAGUUCCAGCUGGUUCUCACCUACAAUGAUUUUGCUGUUCAGUGUUUCAGCAGAGGUCUGUACGCUGAGGCUACCCUGCUUCUCAACAAAGCCAUUGAGCAGGAGAAAGGCCUGGCAGGCCUCUACCUGAACCGAGGAGACUGUUUCUUCAAACAGGGUGACUGGCCCUAUGCUGUGGCCGACUACCAGCAGGCCGAGGAGAUGCUGCAGGCCGGCGAUCCUGCCGUGUGCCUGCGCCUCGCCGUCGUCCACAACACCCUGGGCUUGUUGUGUUUCCAGGACGGGCGUUUUCAGGACGCAGCUGGUAUGUUUUCUCUGGCCAUCCGGUACAACCCCGGAUCCAGCCAGUACUAUGAGAACAGAGCAAAGGCCUUCAGGAAGCUCCUAAACGUGGAGGGGGCGAGGCUGGACUUCAUCUGCAUGCUGAUCUUAGAUCCCACCAACGAGGAGGUGCCUCCUUUGCUCAUGAAUCUGUUCCCUGGCUGCAGUGCGUCCAAUGUGUUGUCCAGUCCAAAAGGACGAGAGGUCAGAGCUCAGCUGAUGGAGACCAUCCAGGCCUGCAGCUCCUCCUCUGAUCCACAAAGACUAAAUGAGAAGUGUCUGAAACUGACUGAAGCGGAGAAGGAGCUGAGGUUGUGUGUAAACCCACAGGACAUGCAGAUGAGCGUGAAGAACCUCAUACAGGUUGAGGAAGCAGUUCAGUCAUUUGACAGUGACCAUCCAACAGUGCACCGUACCGGGCACGCCACACUCACCACAAGCCAGCUCCCACCACCAUCCACCAGUCAGCCGCCAAACACAACGGGAGGCCGUACUGUGGAAACGUCCAAAAAUGUCAUGCUGAACCCUGAACACGCCCUGAGCUGUAAUAAUGAUCCGUGCCUAAGAGAGCGGUCUAAAUUCCAGAUGUAGGUUACUUCCAG